ACAUUAAAGCUGCUGCAGCGCUCACAGAACAAACAGAGUCUGUUGUGGGACUCCUCAGAGCGCUCCUCAGACCUGAGCAUCUGCUCCAGAUAUCUGUAACAAAAAAACUCUUUUUGACAACUUAGAUAUGGAGACAAGGGAACUGCUGCUGCUGCUGUUGAACCUCUGUGGAGCCUUUUGUGCAGUGGUGCAGUGGACAGAACUAAAUGAAGCAAAGGCCUAUUUGAGGAAGUUUGGCUACCUGACAGAUUAUGCCGAUUCAGAGAACCCUGAAAACUUGGAGCAGGUCAUUGAAGCUCUCAGGGUUUUUCAGAGGGUGAACGAUCUGCCACCUACAGGAGAAAUAGAUGAAGCUACUCUAAGUGUGAUGAGAGAGCCCCGCUGUGGCAUGGAGGACAACUUCAACAAGAAACACCACAAAUUCAGAGUGAACGGCCGUUGGAGAAAGACAAGUCUGACGUAUCGCAUCUACAACUACACUCCUGAUAUGAAGAAGGCAGACGUGGACUCUGCCAUCCGUGCUGCCUUCAAGUACUGGAGCGAUGUGACCCCUCUGACCUUCAGAGAAGUCAGCUAUGGACGAGCGGACAUUAAGAUCUCCUUUCAUAAGAGGGACGGCUACUGCAAUGUCCCAUUUGAUGGCCCUGGACGUGUUCUGGCCCACGCUGAGUUACCUGAGUCUGGUAUCGUCCACUUUGAUGAAGAUGAGUUCUGGACAGAGGGGACACAUUAUGGCUCUAAUCUGCGUAUAAUAGCCGCCCAUGAAAUCGGACACGCCCUUGGCCUUGGUCACUCUGAGUACAGGAGAGCGCUGAUGGCUCCAAUCUACACCGGGUACCAACCAAACUUUAGGCUGCAUUUUGAUGAUGUCAAAGGCAUCCAGGCAUUAUAUGGCGAACGUCUGAGCAGCCCUUUAGCAGGGCCUACAUGGACAACAUCAGAUGAUCUGACUCCCACAGUGAGCAGCCGUGAGCCUGAGGGCAAACCUGACCCCUGCACUGCUGACCUGGACGCCAUCAUGUUAGGUCCAUGGGGGAAAACCUUUGCAUUCAGUGGUGAUUACGUGUGGACCAUCUCUGAUCUGGGACACAACCCACCCAUAAAGAUCACCAAGCUGUGGACCACCCUCCCUGGAAACCUGAACGCUGCUGUGCACUCUCCAAGAACCAAUAAGACUUAUUUUUUCAAAGGCAGUAAAGUGUGGAGAUACACCAGGUUCAGUCUGGACUGGGGAUACCCCAGAGAGGUCAAACGGAUCGCUCACAGUAUCGAUGCUGCUCUUUACCUGGAGAAGAACAAGAAGCUGAUCUUUAUUAAGGGUUCAGAUCACUGGCAGUGGGAUGAGCUGAAGUACAAUGACUUGACCCAUUACCCCAAACCACUCUCCAUGCUCUUCUCUGGGGUCCCAUCCAGCCCGGACGCAGCCUUCACCUGGACCAAUGGGAAGGUCUUCUUCUUCAAGGGAGAUGAAUACUGGCGCAUGAAUGAGAUGCUAAGAGCCGACAAAGGAUACCCACUAAGCAAGAGGGAGCGCUGGAUGCAAUGCUAGAGUGUCUGCCACCAGGGGGCAGCAGAAGCCCAAAAGGUGAACAGCCAGCAGGGGGCGCUGGUUCCUCUCCAGGGGCAUUGACAACUGUGCAACCUCAACAGCUGUGAUUCAUAGCAGAACUGAGUUUAUUUCACUGGAUCUGAUUUCAAACAAGUGACUCCCUGCCUUCCAAGACAGGAUAACUUUCUACAGUUCUGAGCAUUAUUGAGUGUGUCUUUGUGACUGCAUGAGUGUUAUGUAAGCUUUUGUAUGAUCUCAGACAGAAAUCAAGGGACACCUUCUGUUUUUCUCUCAAACAUGUGUUGGCUUAUGUGUCUUGAUACUUUCUGUAAGAUGUAAUCUUAUUGUAGGGGUGUACACUUUCAUUACCAUCUUUAUUACUGAAAAAUUACAUUUCUCUUGACACCCCAAUUAUCUUAUGAAUCACACUGGUCUGUGAGAAACAUGUAGCAACUACGCGUUUAAAGUCAAACAUUUUUCACAAUAAAACACGUCAGCCUUAG